UUUGUGUUGCCAGCAAGUUAGAGUGAACCGCGCCCACCUGAUCAGCUGUCAAAACCGUCUAUCAGCGAAACAUCAUUUCUCCCGGCUACAGACGAGAGGCGGUUCAGGACGAUCUUCUGUUAAUACGAAGUAACCAUGUCAGACGAAACAUCAGAAGGCGUCAUAUCAGAUAGCAUUAAGACACGCAUUGCUGAAUGUCCGCUUUGUUUACAAAGGCUGAAGUGUCCAAGGUCUUUACCAUGUUUACAUUCUUUUUGUAAAGAAUGCUUGAAAACAUCGAUCCUGAAUCAAAGUCAAGAUCCAAACGAGGAGUCGUUUUUCACUUGCCCUGCAUGCAGUGUUGUUACUCGCCCGGUAGAUCCAAAACAGAAGCGUGAUGAGUGGGCUAUGCUGUUUGAAGCCGACCAAAUUACCACCAAGCUCACAACAGAGGGUGGAGGUGCAUGUGAGCAGGUCAACUGUAAUCCUUGCAAUAGAAAGGGGAGGGCCGAUAUCGUGGCUUCAGUCUGGUGGAAAGAGGCAAAUAAAUAUCUUUGUGAGUCAUGUAAGAAAAAUGAUCUAAUUACGGAAGAUGACACCCUGCUUCCAAUUAACAGUGACUUCCGUCCAUCAACUCCACAACUUUGUGACAAACAUUCAACUGACGUGGAUAUGAUCUGUGAGGACCAUCAUAGCAUUUGCUGCCCAAAAUGCAUCGCCAUAGAUCAUCGACGUUGUGACGCAGUUCAAAAUUAUUCAGACUUUGUCAACAAAUUGAGAUCACCAUCGCAAAUCGAAGACAAGCGGGACGAAUUAAAUGAUGCUAUCGAUGCGUUCACAGCGCUCAUUAAGGAUUUAAAGGAGCACAUUAAGACUCUUCUCGGGAAUAAAGAAGGUUUCCUUGAUGACGUAAAAGAGUUACGUUUGAAAAUAGAGAAACAACUAGACAAACUACAAAAUGCGUUAUCUGAGGAAGUUGGUGCUGUGCUAGUUGACAAAAAGCAAGAACUUGAUCGUCUUAUUCGAAAAUGCGAAUUAAUGAAAAGAUGCAUAACCACAACCAAGUGCUUGACCGAGACAGAUUACAUUAUAAAGAACGACAUGCAUAUGGUUCGCACCUUUCAGAGAGGGGAGAUGGAAAUCGAAGCUGGUCGUACACUUGUAAAGGAGAUAGCAGAACCAUAUCUGACCUGGCGGCUGACGCACGAAAAAGAAAAGAAGAUCGAAACAAACGAGGACGAUAACCAAAGCACGAGUGACAACGAUGAAAAAGACGAAAGUAAUGAAAGGGCUGACGAGAAGAACCUGUUGUCAGCCUUGUCGUUAGGUUCAUUAAAGACAACAAGUCAAGAACGCGAUUUUCCCGUAGAAGCCAGUGUACUGUUGCCGCUCUCCCUAUCAGGAGCACGUGAGACGCACGAGAUUGAGAUUAAAACCCCGUCAGACAGCAACGACUGUCAAGUAACCGGAUUGGUUUAUUUACAGGAUGGACGAAUUCUGGUAUCGGACAACGGAAAUGAAAAGCUGAAAAUGUUUUCGGUUGAUGGAAAUCUCCUAGAUGAAGAAGAGGUAUCUUGUUGUCGCGAUAUAUGUAUGAAGGAAGUGGAUACCGUAGCGGUUACUCGUCACAGUGAAGGCGUCAUAUCACUUGUCAAGAUUGAAUCGUUAAAGAAACUAAAUCUUCAGACCGAAAACGAUAUUCGUGCAGGUAAGAAAUGCGAUGCAUUGACAUUAGGCAAAGACUGUCUUGUUUUUGCCACAUCUUAUGAUUCAAUAUCUAAUGAAAUCUGCAAAGUGAUUUCUCCUGAUUACACAAAGGAAAUUGCAUGGACAUACAAAUAUGUCCAGGGUCUGGCUUAUGAUCACCAUACCAACACCAUUUUGCUUACAACGAUGUGCGACGAUGUAAGCAUAAUACUUCGUGUAGUUGGAAAUUACGAUAUAUCCGAGGUAGCUAGAGCUGGCGAUCUGCUGACGGGGGCUUCCGGCAUUGACAUCGACCAGGAUGGCAACAUGUAUAUUUGCUGCAACGAUUCUGAAAAGAUAGUUCAAAUUUCAAGGCAUGGAAAAGUCCGAUCUCUUGUCGACAUGAGCGACCCUUACAGGAUAGCAGUGUGUGGUAAAAAGUUUGUCGUCAGUAUGAAGAACCAGGGAACAGUAAAAUUCUUCGAGAUGUAUUAACUUUUUUACCAACCCAGACACCUUCAAGGGAACUUUGUAAAGCACUUGUAAAGAUACUUAUUUUACCUUUCCAAUUAAGAACAAUGAAUCAAACAAUUGUGUUUAUAUGCAAAUACGCUUCAUGAGGAAUUAGCAUUUUUUUAACCCAAGUAUCCACAAUAUAGACUGAGAUCUAGCUCCAGAAAAAAUUAUUUAACCAGAUGCAACUAUAAAAAAUACGAAGACGAACUUUCAGUUACUCUGUAAUGGUGACCUGGAAUUUCCUACAUUCUAAACUCACAGAAUGUCUGAGAAUGUCAGAAUAUACUGAGAAAUUUAAAUCAAAUCUCAUUAAUCUCCAUUAUAAUUAUAUUUCCAUACCAGGACUACCAUCAAAAAACAUAGCACAUAUUAACAACGGCUAUCAUGUCUCCAUAUAAAGCUGUAACACAUUUCACUGGUAACUUAAAUUGCCUUUACUGGUAUUUUUUAUGAUACAUGUAUCUAUAUUGUCGGGAUUUUUGCUCCAUGUUCAUUGAAGAUUAGAAAAUAGUCUCUUUAAGAUAUACAUUUAUUACAUUUUUACCAGUGAAAUAUCAAAAAUUAUUCAUUCUAUAAAAGUGAUAAUAUCA